AUGUCAUCUGUCUACGACAUUGAAGGAAUGGAGAAGUUUUUGAGCAAGUGGGAGAACAAGGUUGAGCACGCAUGGGGAGUGUGCUUUUUCCCUGGAUUGGCCUACUAUGGAGCAGGAUUUAGGGAAAAAGGUUUAGCCUUGCUACGUAGGACUGAGCCAUUGCUUGCUGAAGCAAGCUGCAGAGAUAAAAUCUACGGAGGUCUCAUGGGAAUGUAUUGUCAUGAUGGUUCAAGAGAGGACGUUUACCGUCUCUGGAACUUGUGUAAGGACUUCUUAUCGUUUGACAGUUUUGGAUAUUCUGACAUUAUCAAGACCUUUACGAUGAAGGGCGAUCUCGAUGUGGCUCACGAGGUUUUGGAAGAGUGGGAUACCGGGGGUGGAGAUCUUGAUCUGGCGGAUUUUGGUUUGCGAAAGAGAUAUGUCAAGGAGGAGGCCGAGAAGGUUGUGAACAUGCUUGGAAAGAAGGAGGAGAGCAAGUGGGAGAGUUUGACACAAAAGUUAGAAAGAGCUUGGUGGAGGACGAAGAGGAUAGAGAAGAGGAGAGGAGGAAGAGAGUGA